ACCAAGGUUCCCCCAGAAGAACAGCUCCCUAGCAAUGGAGGAGGCAGGUGUCCGCGGUACGGUGGCUAGCCACCCUGCCCGCGGCCGGAAGGCGGACGACGGGGCCCCGAGGCCCGACCACCAGCGCGGGUCGGCCGGCCGAGCCAGCCUGCCGGGCAGCGGGACCGGGUGGUCCCCGGGCAGCCGGCGCCCGCGGCUGAGCGAGAUCGAAGUGCCCCACGUGGCAGCGUCGCCCCCGCGCCCGCCGCCCGUCCUGGUCGGCGAGCAGGUGCGCAACCUGCCCAAGCGCCACGCGCCGUCACUCGUGCAGCGGAUCUCCGACGAAGAUGGCCACAGGCACGUGCGUUUCGACGAGUCCCUGCUGAUGGCUCCGGACGCGCAGUACGAGUUCCAGUGCUUCAUGCUCGUCUUGGCGACUAUCCUGACCUUCGUCCUGGGAUUCGUAGCCUACCACUACUCGAAGUUAGAUCAUCGUCGUCGUCGUCUUCGUGCUUUACCUUUCAGAUAUCAACCAAGAAUACAUUCCAUCCACGACCACUACGCCAGACAUAACGAAUGCAUCCACGUCGUGGUCCCACUUACGAUAGACCGUGCUGAAGAAUAAUAUUUACAAUCAAGCGUUCUGCUUAUGAUCACGCCAAUUAAAGUAUUUUACCACAUCUUA